GCACGGCUCGCACCGCUGUCCCUUAUUUGGAUCUGCGGGAAUGUGGGCUGGAGCGGUCCAGCCGCGGUACCAGCCUCCUGCGUGCUGCCGGGACUGCCCCUGACCCAGGCGCGCCCGCUGCUCGUGGCGGGAGGGCCGGCGGAGCGCCAUGGCCUGCAGCCUGAAGAGAAAGUCUGUGAUUGCGGUGAGCUUCCUCGCAGCGUUCCUCUUCCUGCUGGUCGUGCGCCUUGUAAAUGAAGUGAAUUUCCCAUUGUUGCUAAACUGCUUCGGACAACCUGGUGCAAAAUGGAUACCGUUUUCCUACACGUACCGACGCCCCCUUCGGACUCACUACGGCUACAUAAAUGUGAAGACACAAGAGCCUUUGCAACUGGACUGUGACCUUUGUGCCAUAGUGUCAAACUCAGGUCAGAUGGUUGGACAGAAAGUGGGCAAUGAGAUUGACCGCUCCUCCUGCAUCUGGAGAAUGAAUAACGCUCCCACCAGAGGCUAUGAAGAAGAUGUUGGGAGAAUGACAAUGAUCCGAGUUGUGUCCCAUACCAGUGUUCCCCUGUUGCUAAAGAACCCGGAUUAUUUUUUCAAGGAAGCAAAUACUACAAUUUAUGUUAUCUGGGGUCCUUUCCGUAACAUGAGGAAAGACGGCAAUGGCAUCGUUUACAACAUGUUGAGAAAGACAGUUGAUGUCUACCCCAAUGCCCAGAUCUACAUUACCACAGAGAAGCGCAUGAGCUACUGUGACGGAGUGUUUAAGAAGGAAACUGGGAAGGACAGGAUGGAAGGGUAUAGAAAAGUCCCCUACCAUUAUUAUGAACAAGGAAGAGAUGAGUGUGAUGAAUAUUUUCUUCACGAACAUGCCCCGUAUGGGGGGCAUAGAUUUAUCACUGAAAAGAAAGUAUUUGCAAAAUGGGCCAAGAAACACAGGAUAAUAUUUACGCACCCAAACUGGACGGUGUCUUGA